GGUUCAAUGUUUGUGCCUAACGCUACUUGAUCUCUGCCUUCCGUUUCCAGUAAUCUGAUCCAACGGUCGUCAUCUUUUCUAUCAAACAUUCAAUAAAAAAAAAUAGGGGUAGCACACUUGCAACUUCCAUACGAAUCCCUUCUCUUUGUCGGACAGACACCAUAUCUCCUGAUACGAGAUCCCUGAAUUCUAGAUGGAUUGGCAGGGACAGAAGAUAGCGGAGCAGCUGAUGCAGAUCAUGCUGAUAGUAUUCGCGGUGGUGGCCUUCUCUGUUGGCUACGUAAUGGGAUCGUUUCAAAUGAUGAUCCAAAUUUACGCUGGGGGAGUGGUUCUCACUACAUUGGUUACUGUCCCCAAUUGGCCUUGGUUUAAUCGUUACUUUCUCCAGUGGUUGGACCCCAGCGAAGCCGAGAAGCAUCCCAAGCCUCAGAUUCAGCCUGUGAAUUCGAAGAAGAAAUCUGUUAAAAAGUAGGUCUUUUUAUUUGAAAUCUUAGCAUUUGUUAGGAUUUUUUUUAAUUGCACGAUGGAAUGGAAUGGAUUGUUAUGCAGGGAAUUGGAUGCAACAAGGAAGUUGUUUGUUAUAAAUUUGAAACUCUAGACAAUGGGAAAAGUUUUUAUCAGUUUUCUGGACUUA